AUGGCCAAGAUGUGGGAAUUCGACGCAUUCCUGGAGGACGGCGAUGAAGACUUUGCUUCGUACGUGGAAAGAUUCGAACACUACUGCGAAGUAGCCAACGUACAAGAGGAGAAGCUUAAGAAGUCGGCCUUCAUAACGGCCAUUGGCAAGAACGCGUACAAGACGCUCAAGGAUUUGCUUCUACCGGCGACCCCUGCGGAGAAGAGUCUCGAAGACCUGGUCAAGGUACUGAGUGACCAUUACGAGCCUGCAAGCCGAAUCAUCGCAGAGCGAUUCAGAUUCAACAGGCGGUACCAAGCGGAAGGUGAGACAGUAGCGACGUUUGCAGUUGCACUGAAGCACAUGGCCGCUAAAUGCAAGUAUGGCACAUUCCUUGACGACGCACUACGCGACCGGUUCGUCGCUGGACUGCGAAACCCUGCCAUUCAGACGGGUCUACUAAAAAAGAAGGAGCUGUCGUUUGAAUCUGCUUGUGACUUUGCCAAAAGCGUUGAAAUGGCGGAACAGGAGUCCAGGGGGUUUCGACCUGGCAGUGGAACGGAAGCCGACGUCCAUGCGAUAAGGAAGACAGGCAGGAAAGCGGCAUUUGCGGUCAAGCCAGGCAAGCAAUACGAGGCAACGAAGACAAAGUGUCACCGUUGCGGGCAAGAGCACGACGCUAAUUCUUGUCGUUAUCGGAAAGCAAGAUGCUACAGCUGCAAACGCACGGGUCACUUGCCUCGAGUAUGCGGACAACGCCCGCCGGGUGCGGGAAAAAUUCACGCCGUUGCCGACCAGCAAGAAGAUAAUGAGAUGAUGCUCUACGCCGUACAUCACGCCGGCCUUGCGAAGCAGCCGUAUCAGGUAGAACUUAUGCUCGGAAGGAAGCGCGUGCAGAUGCAAGUAGACACAGGAGCCGCUGUUUCUCUGAUAUCGGAAGACCUAUGGAAGCAGCUAGUGAAUCCUCCGCCGCUCACACCGUCUACGGUUAAGCUGAAGACUUACGGAGGAGCACCGCUGGAAGUGAAGGGGCAAGCCGAGGUUCCGGUCGAGUACAACGGACAGCGCAAGAUUCUACCAGUAGUUGUGGUGCCAGGAAACAAGCCAGCGCUACUUGGACGCGAUUGGAUUGAGAACCUGGGCGUCGACUUGAACGGCAUUCACACGGUGCAAGCGGAGCUCGCGGCGGACAACCUUGUGAAAAGUGCACCAGCAGUAUUCCAAGCAAUCAUGGACGAGUUGCUGAAGGGACUAAGUGGAGUAGUUUGUUACCUUGACGAUGUGCUUAUCACAGGUGCCGACUACAACGAAUGCCUGGCACGUGUAGAAGCAGUCCUGCAGCGCUUCGAGAAGCACGGCGUCAAAAUUGUGACAGAUAAUGGUCCUCAAUUUGUGUCUGACGAAUUUGCAGUUUUCCUCAGAUCCAAUGCUGUGCAACACGUCAAGACACCUCCGUACCAUCCGGCUUCGAAUGGGGCAGCAGAGAGGCUCGUCCAGACGGUAAAGAACCUUCUACGUCAACUGCGAGACGAUAGGCACUCGGGGCAAGCACGGACCAUUCAACACCGGCCGGACCAGUUCCUCUUCACAUACCGCAACACGCCAUGCUCCACGACUGGUAAGACUCCUGCACAGAGUUUCCUGUCUUGGGCACCGCGCACGCGUCUCAGCAUUUUACACCCUGAAUUAGCCAAGCGGUCAGAGCCUACUCCAUCUAGAGAUCAAGACCAGGGACAGACAAAGAAGUGGCGGGAAUUUGAUGCAGGUGAACGGGUCCGGGUGAGAGGUAUCCGACCAGGCGACCCGCACUGGUUAGAAGGAACCAUUGUUCGCCGUGUCAGCGUGGCAACUUACAUAGUCAAUGUGGAAGGCCAGGAGCGAUUCAUGCAUGCGGAUGACAUUGCUAAUACAAGUACUCCUCUUAUUCUACCCAGAACAGUGCGCAUCACUGGCACACCUCUAGCGCAACCUGGUCCGGCGACGCCUGAAGAAACGGAGGAAACUCCUACCGAGGUCCAGGAACCAACGUCUGAAGCUACAGAUUCUACCGCCGCUGAAGAACCUCCUCCUGAACCUCUGCCACGCCGAAGCACAAGGGUUCGGCGACAGCCUGAAAGAUGUGGAUAUUAA